AUGUCAACGCCGCAAAAUAAGAGGAAGAGGACGACGCAGAAGAAGCAGAAGCAGCUGUUGUCGUCGAAGCCGCAAUGGAGCCUUCUUAAUCCGUCACUUCCCUAUGAUUUGCUAUUGGACAUCGUCGCACGCGUCCCAAGAUUGUACCAUCCGACCCUCUCACUCGUCUCCAAGACCUUUCGAUCUCUCCUAGCUUCACCAGAGCUUUACAAAGUCAGGUCACACUUAGGCCUCAGGGAGAGUUGUCUCUAUGUGUGCUUCGAUAUGCUUGAAGGCCCUACCUGGUUCACCCUCUGCCGAAAACCUGAUCAAAUCAAUAAAGAGGAGAGGAGUGGUUAUGCUUUGGCUAAAGUCCCAAUUCCCAAUUCGCCUAACGUACGCAUCGAUCCAAACUACAACUAUAUAUCCAAUACCGCUUGUUUUGACGGAAAGUUCAACGUGACCAAUCUUGGAAAGGCGGUUGCUUACGAUCCCAAGGAAGGUAGAUGGGACAUUGGACCAAAUGAUAUAUGUGGACCUAUGAUUUCAGGUUCUUAUUGCGAGAUAGAGAAUGUUUUGUACGCUGCUGUUAACGGAGACCUCAGAUGGUAUGACUCUCAGGGAAGACAGUGGAGAUAUUUGAAGGGUUUGGUAGGACUACCCAAGAUCCCUAAUUAUGGCCGUACUCAGGUUAGAUUGGCAGAUUAUGGUGGAAAGUUAGUGGUUAUGUGGGACGACUUUGUUGUUCCUUCGCAUUGUGGUUUUAAGACGACGACAGUUUUUUUUGCAGAGGUUGCGCUUGAAAGGCUCAAUAGUUUUGAAAUUUGGGGCAAAGUUGAGUGGGUUGAUCGUUUGCUUACAAUAUUUGACGACUAUUAUCUCGUGAAGGUUAUUGCUGCUACUGUCUGA